AAUUGACCCUCUCCUCCCAAGCAUCACCAUGCGCGCGACCGUGGCAUGUUGGUGGCUGCUGCUUGUGUCAGCCGUCGUAGACGCCCAACGCUUCCCGUGCAAUGGAGAGACCUUCCGCCUGCGCAAGUCAUGGAGCAUGUACACGGCCGCGGAGAAAACUCGCCACGUGGCAGCAGUGGCAGACGCCAUGUCGGCUGGGUACCACCAUCGUUUCAUCGAAAUGCACACGGAGCCGCAGAGUGAGCGCGAAGCCCACGGUUGCAUGUUUAUCUACUGGCACCGCAAGUUCCUUCUGGGAUAUGAAAACAUGCUCCGCAGCCUCAAGGCCGAGUAUGCAUGCUUGACAUUGCCGUACUGGGACUAUGCUACCCUGUCCAGCUCCUUCGUCUCUGGAUCCUGCAAAAGCGUGUACGGGUGCGCCACGGACCUGAUCAACACCCUCGGUGGCUUGGUGGACUCGAAUGCCAAACGAUCGUGGGCCCUCGUCAACGGCGACAGCAUGGAUGGCGUCGGGUGCGUGCAGCGGCCCCCUUUAAACAACUUCUGCCAGUCCACGUCGGCGUUCCAGUCCAAGCAGUGCAUGCGUUGUGUGCCCCGGAACAACUGGGCCACGUCGGUGGUCCCCCCCGAGUCCAACAUUGUGCCCGUGUUUUCGCAAAUUUUGGGCGGUGUCACUCCCACGCGUGGCAAGACGUUGGCCGAAGCGUCCAGAGGCAUCCAAAAUGGAGCGCAUAAUACGAUCCACAAUGCCCUUGGCAGCACCAUGGCCACGUUCCAAGCUCCAGGUGAUCCCAUGUUCAACCUCCACCACGCUGAAAUUGACUUGAUGCAUCGCAUUUACUUCAAAUGUGUCGUGGCGGACGCUGUGCCUGGGCGGGUGCCGGUGCUGUCUGACGCCGCCAAGAAGUCCGCCACCGACGCGCGCAUCUGGUCGUCGUGCACUCGCUUCAACGGCACGACCAUCCGCCCCACAGACCCCGUGCUUAUGUUGGCAGGCCAAUACAAUCAAAACAAGGUUGACGUCCAUAGCCCCGCGAGCCCAUUGUACGAGUUCUUCAAAGACUUGCCCCGGGCGUACUACCAAUAUGCAGACGGUGACGACCUCGGCCGGUUCAGUUAUCGAUACCAGUACACGGGCAUGUUGGCGGAUAUGCUCACUCAGUGCAAACGCUUCAUCGCGCCACGGGCGGCGACGUUGCUGCAAGGCGACCACGACGGAGGUUCCAAAGCCAACCCGAGCUACGUGGACCGAUGUGUGGACCGGCCCCGACUGGCGUGCGAGGUCACGGAAGCAUCGUUCCUGGAGUACAUGUCCACCUUGGCGGGCGCCCGGGGCUGGUCCCACGAUCAUUUGAUCUGCCAAGUCGAGACGAUGGUGUGUCUGCAUCACCACGAAUGCCACGGCGGAUGCUACGACUACUCGGCGGCGUUCAAGGCGUCCUUUCGGCCCAUGGGCCCGCCACGGUGCAAAGUGGUUGUGGACCGAGUGAAGCGUGGAAAGGUGCAUAUUGACGUGGACAACUGGCGAGGCGUGAUGGCCAAGUUCUUUCCAUGCGACAAGAACAACACCAACGCACAAGUGUAGAUUAACAACACAGUAUUGAAUGCUCCAUUAACAACAACAUGUGUAGUUUUUAAUAACUAACGUUUUCGAUGCAAC